GAACUCAAUUCUUAUAGAAUAUAUUUUUUCAUUUUCAUCUAUUACUAUUAUAAAGUUUCUUUCAAACAUAUUUUCUUGGAUAUUGGACUUGCUUAUCAAAAAGUUGGCUCUUAUAAGGCUGGAUUUUAUAGGAUUGUUACUUAAUUUUAUGUUUAAACAAUCUUCAUCGCUAGAGGUUACAAAAACAGUUUUAUAUAAUAAAUUGCUGCUUGAGAUUGAACAUUUUGCGUAUUUUUGGCGGAUCAUGGCAUAUUCAUACUCUUCUCCGUGUUUAUUUAUUUAUUUAUGUUUUUUUUUUGCUUUUCAGCACUUUAUUAAAGCUUCUGAUGUAUUGAAUUUAAAUGAAGCGGCUUUUAAACAAACGAUUCAGAAGCCAGGUCUUUUUCUUGUCGAAUUUUUUGCUCCUUGGUGUGGUCACUGUAAAGCUUUAGCACCUGAAUAUGAAACUGCCGCUACUAUGCUAAAAGAUAAGGGAAUUACAUUGAUUCAGAUAGACUGUACAAUCGAAACACGUCUUUGUGAAGAAUAUGAUGUUUCAGGAUAUCCCACGCUUAAGAUCUUUAGAGAUGGCAAACAUGAGCCCUAUGAAGGUCCUAGGAAGUCAAGUUCCAUUGUUUCUUUCAUGAUAAAACAAACAUUGCCUAUUACAACAGAAGUAAAUCAUGAAAAUUAUGAUAUUUUCAAAGCUUCAGACGAAAUUGUGGUUUUGGCACUUCUUAAUAAAGAAGACAAAGCUAAUGAUGUCUAUACCAAACUUGCUACUGCAUAUCGUAACAAGUUUGUUUUCGGAGUAACAUCGGAUGCUAGUCUUGUUAAAGAGUUCGGCUUGUCAUCUCCAGGUCUCGUUAUCUUUAACACUUUUAAUGAUCCUGUUUCUGUUUUUAAAAAGGACUUCGAGUACGAUUCUCUUGAAUUAUUUCUUCUUUCACAAAGCAUUCCUUUAUUUGGAGAACUUAAUUCUGAAACAUAUCAAGAUUAUAUUUCUAGCAAAUUACCUUUAGGUUGCGUUUUUGUAAGUUCUGAUGAGGAGAAAGAAUCAAUGAGAGAUAUUUUUCUUCCGUUUUCAAAAAAAUAUAAGGAGAAGUUAAAUAUUGCUGCAAUUGAUGCAAAUAUAUACGGCGGGCAUGCAGAGAAUUUAAACCUGAGGCAAGAAUGGCCAGCAUUUGCUAUUCAGGAAGUAACUUCUAAUAAAAAAUUUCCAUUUGAUCAGGAUAUACCUUUUACGAAAGAAAAUCUUGAAAAAUUCUUAGAUGAUUAUAUCUCACAACGACUUGUUCCUUCUAUUAAAUCAGAACCUGUACCAGAAACACAAGAAGGUCCUGUAACAGUUGUAGUUGCGAAUAAUUUCAGAGAAGUUGUAAUAGAAUCUCCUCAUGAUGUUCUUGUUGAGUUUUAUGCUCCAUGGUGUGGGCAUUGUAAAAAUCUUGCACCUAAAUAUGAGGAGUUAGCUAGAGUUUUUACUUCUAGCUCAGAAUUAAGCUCUAAAGUCUUAAUAGCUAAAUUUGAUGCUACAGCAAACGAUGUUGAGGAUAAUUUAGAUAUUAAAGGAUUCCCAACGAUUUUAUUAUUCCCUGCUAAUGAUAAAGGAAACCCAAUUGAAUAUAAUGGCCCAAGAACAGUGAAUGAUUUGAUCAAUUUUGUUUCUCAAAAAGGAAGCCAUAAAGUUGAUGUAUCCAAAGGUGAUGAUGAUAAAAUGGAUGAGAAAUUACAGGAUCCGUUGUCUAUCUUUGAUCAUGAUGAGCUUUAGACAAGGGAAUAUUUGAAUAUUAUUUUUUUAAAAUUUUGUAAUCUGC